CUCAGGCUUGCUUACUUGCUUAGAGAAAAAAAGAAAACAGUUUGCUUGCUUUAGGAGGAGAGAGAGCGAGAGAGAAAGAGAGAUGGAGAACUUCCCAGUGAUAAACUUGGAGAAGCUAAACGGUGAGGAGAGAGGAGCAACCAUGGAGAAGAUCAAAGAUGCAUGCGAAAACUGGGGUUUCUUUGAGUUGCUUAAUCAUGGCAUAUCCCAUGAGUUAAUGGACGCUGUGGAGAGGUUGACAAAGGAGCACUACAAGAAGUGCAUGGAGCAAAGGUUCAAGCAACUGAUGGCAAGCAAGGGUCUAGAGGGUGUUCAGGCUGAGGUCCAUGACAUGGAUUGGGAGAGCACCUUCCACUUACGCCAUCUCCCCUACUCCAAUAUCUCUGAGAUUCCAGACCUCCAAGAUGAUUACAGGAAGAUCAUGAAGGAAUUUGCAGUGAAGUUGGAAAAACUGGCAGAGGAACUCCUAGAGCUGUUAGAUGAGAAUCUUGGACUAGAGAAAGGUUACCUCAAAAAGGCAGUGUGUGGAACAAAAGGUCCAAGUUUUGGAACCAAGGUUAGCAACUACCCUCCAUGCCCAAAGCCAGAGCUGAUCAAGGGUCUCCGUGCCCACACCGAUGCUGGUGGCAUUAUCCUUCUCUUCCAGGAUGACAAGGUCAGCGGUCUCCAGCUUCUCAAAGAUGGUCACUGGAUUGACGUGCCUCCUAUGCGCCAUUCCAUUGUCAUCAACCUUGGUGACCAGCUCGAGGUCAUCACCAAUGGGAAGUACAAGAGUGUGCUGCACAGAGUGAUAGCCCAAACUGAUGGGAACAGAAUGUCAAUAGCUUCAUUCUACAACCCUGGCAGUGAUGCUGUAAUUUAUCCAGCACCAGCACUGGUAGAGAAAGAGGUGGAUGAUGAGGAGAAGCACCAUGUUUACCCAAAAUUCGUGUUUGACGACUACAUGAAGCUGUAUGCUGGCCUCAAGUUCCAGGCCAAGGAGCCAAGAUUUGAAGCCAUGAGGGCAACAGGUGGCUUGGGUCCAAUUCCAACAGCUUGAGAGCAAAUUUUCUAGUUGAAGAGAAAAUGAAUAAUUGUCUUAUAUUCUAUAUGUGGUGGCUUCCUAAACAUACUUUGAAGUUUAUGAAUUGAUUAUUUGUAGAAUGUGACUUUGUUAACAUUGUCUUGUUGGAACAACUGGUUCGAUGUUUGUUA